AUGAAGUCUCUAAAGACAUGCUUAUUGCUGGUCAUUCUUAUGGCUUUGGCCGCUAUUUCUCUUUCAGCCAUACCAUCUCGCGAUGAAUUGUCCCUCGAGGAAGACAAUGAAACUACUUAUAAUGAUGGAACUUCUGAUGAUCUUUCUCCGACUGAAACUGGCCAAGAACCAACUUCUCUUCGAGGGUCCAUCCGCUUUCUGUCUCAGAUCAAACCCCGGGUCCCUAUGACAUGCGACAAGUACCCUAGGGUUUGUCAUGCCAAGGGCAGUACGGGGCCGGAUUGCUGCAAGAAGAAAUGCGUUAAUGUGAUGACAGACAGACUCAACUGUGGGAAAUGUGGGAAGAAAUGCAAGUACUCCGAGCUUUGCUGCAAAGGUCAGUGUGUGAACCCCAGGUCCAACAUAAAGCAUUGCGGAAGCUGCGGCAACAAGUGCAAGAAAGGGAGUUUAUGUGUGUACGGGAUGUGUAGCUAUGCGUAAAUUAUGAAAGAAAUCAACUCCACAGCGUUCAGGAUCAGUUGGCAUGGCUGCAAACGGAGCUGACCGCUUCCUAUACCUGCAA